CUAUAAUUCAAGAGUGAAGGGUGUGUGACAGUGCGCUUGUUCACAAUACAACUAACAAUUUCCCGUUGAACAUAUCGUGUCUAUCUAUUUAUUGUUUGCCUUCAUAAAUUUAAUAUUAUUACAAUUUAUAAACUCUACAAUCGUGAUGUUUUGCAAAUGCCAUUCAAUAUAUUUUUUUAAAACUUUUGUUUAUAUUUUCGGACGAAUUUAGUUUGUAUACAUAAAGAAGUAUGGUCGAGAAGCAACUAACAAAAGCGAACAAAAAAUAAGAAGAAGAAUACUAAAGGAAAGCAAAACAAAAAGAGCAAAUUUGAGAAAUCUAAACGGAAGAAGAGAGUUUGAGAGAGCAACGUAAAUAAAGAGAAGGAAAAGUGAAAAAGCGAAACAAAAAAAAAACAAAUGCUUAUUUUAAUGUUUAUAAACACAAAUUAUUGAAUCUUGUGCCUGCAAUAUUGAUUUAAAAAUAAUAAUUAUAUAAACAAGUGCCAAAAUAUAAACAAACAAAAACUAAAUUCCGUAAAAUAGUGAGGAGAAGACGACUGAAAAUGGCGUGUUUACAUUCAUCGGCACAACCCAUUCCAAAAACAGUUUGGAAGAUGUCACCACUGGUUUUGGUGUUCCUGUUGUCCACAAUCAGUGGCUGCUGGGGCCAUUUAAAUUUGUAUCUAAAUCCGCAGGAAGUAAUGCGUCUGCUAGGUGUUUCGGCCGAAGUUUAUUAUGUACGUGAUGGUCACAUAAAUAACUAUGCCCUGAAUUUCAUUGUGCCUGUGCCGGCCAAUGUGCGAGACAUCAGUUUUACAUGGCAAAGUUUGGCUGGUCGUACUCUACCGUACAGUAUAAAUGUGGUCACUUCUGAUCCAGCAGUAUUGCCCAGGCCCACUCUCAAUAUAUCACAGAUUGGCGAAAUUCCAACCGAAGUAAAGACAUUUUCGAUCAGCUUGAAAUGUUCGGGCAUACGCGCUGCGGAAGUGGAGGUCAGCAUCUCUAUAGAGGUCAUACUUAAUCGGGCAUUGAACAAUGUUACGCAUUUGGUAUUUCGCAGAAAGAAAAUCUGUCUGACCGCUGAAGAGGACGAAAUAGAUGUUGAAGAUCCGUUACUAUUGGAAACUGUUGUACAACCACCUACUGGCCUAAUUACAUUAGUUGUGGGUAGUGUUCUGGCGUUGGCAUUGGUCUUGAUACUUUUGCUUGCGGCCUAUUGUGUUCGUGGAUCGGCCAAACGUCAGAAUCAUCAUGGUCAGCCCAUGAGAACAUCUAGUUUCCAAAGACUUAAUACAAACCCCCCUUGCCAAUCUGCUUCUUACAUUACCCCAUCUAUUAUCGCUCCAAUACACAGUACGUUGCCUCGCAAAAUGGAACCGCAACAACCAGAAGAGUUGCAUCGUCGCAUAUCGGAGCUGACCGUGGAACGUUGUCGCGUCCGUUUGUCCAGUCUCCUACAGGAGGGUACAUUCGGCCGGGUAUAUCGGGGAUCCUACAACGAUAAUCAGGAUGUUUUGGUAAAAACAGUUGCCCAACACGCUAGUCAAAUGCAAGUUUCUCUGCUAUUGCAAGAGGGUAUGUCUCUGUAUGGCGCUUCCCAUCCGGGUAUUUUGUCCGUUUUGGGAGUUUCAAUUGAGGAUCACACAACUCCAUUUGUUUUAUAUCCGGCCAUGAAUAAUACUCGAAAUUUGAAAAUGUUUUUGCUGGAUCCGUCGUGUGCCCGCACCAUCACAACUAUUCAAAUUGUUAUGAUGGCAUCGAAUUUAUCGACAGCUCUUAGCCAUUUGCACAGUCACGGAGUUGUACACAAGGAUAUUGCGACGAGAAACUGUGUAAUUGAUGAUCAAUUGCGUGUAAAAUUAUCAGACAGUUCUUUGUCACGUGAUCUAUUUCCCGGCGAUUACAAUUGUCUUGGUGACAGUGAGAAUCGUCCCGUAAAGUGGAUGUCAUUGGAGGCAUUGCAGCAUAAACAAUUCUCAGAAGCAAGUGAUUCUUGGGCGUUCGGCGUCCUCAUGUGGGAAUUGUGUACAUCGGCCAAGCAACCCUAUGCUGAAGUUGAUCCAUUCGAAAUGGAACAUUAUCUUAGGGAUGGUUAUAGACUGGCUCAGCCAUUUAAUUGUCCAGAUGAGUUAUUUACAAUAAUGGCAUAUUGUUGGGCACUGCUGCCUGCUGAGCGACCAUCAUUCAUUCAGUUACACGCCUGUCUAUCGGAAUUCUAUGCUCAAAUAACACGUUACGUGUAGUGUUUCGUCUUUGUCGGAUGUUUGGACAGACAUCCCAAUAGGAUUUACGAUACUUUCCAGAAUUUUAACAUCUUCUCAUACUACGUUAUGUAAUUAAAAAAAAAAAACACUCACACAUCUAUAAAAAAAACAUCAUUAAACAUACUUAGGUGUUUUCUACAAUAGAUUAUCUAUUGUUGUUGUUUAUGGAAAGGUUAAUUAUUCAUGUUUCAUUGCCAAAAGUGUAGCAUAAGUUGUGUAGUAAGCUCCUUAUUUUAUGAUUUAAGUCGAAUUCAAUUUGUUUAUUUAAUCGAAUCGAUUAAUUGAUUGAUUGACUUGUAUUUGUACUUGUAAAUACAUAUAUAUCCACUCGUGUGCAUACUCAUACAUACACUCGCAUUCAGGUUUAAAAAACGUUCAUUAAGUCAUUACAACAAGCAAAGUGAAUCAAAAUCAUGUAAUGCCAAUUACAUUAAUUUCCUGUAAAAAUUGCAUUAUUCGUAGCAUAAUUGUAUUAUUUUUUUACAUUUUUCGACUUUCUUUUUUCAUUUGUAAACUUGUUCAUUUUUUUGUUAAAGAUAGAGUUAAAUUCGCUUUAUUUUAAACAUUAUUUCGUAGCUAUAGGUUGUUUAUUAUGGUGCGGGGGCGGAGUAAUUGUGACUGAAUAUCUUUUUUACGAUACAAUUUAUAUUUCGAAUAAUAGUGAUAAUUAUUAAAUAGAGUGCAUAUUUUUGUAUGCCAAUGUGAAGCCAACGAACGACACUGCCGCACUUGCUCGCCCCCAUCUCCAGCUAAAACUCGUCCCACAGACGUGUGAGGUUUUAUUAAUAAAUUAUAGGAAGGAUUUUUUAUAGUUAUAAGGACUUUUUUUUAUAUGAACAUAUAGAUAUAUACACAUAUGAAAAAUGAUUGUAUUGUAUAUUGUACAUGUAUUAUAAAGCUGCCGAUGAAGAGUACGAAUUAAAUAUUCACAUAAUUUUGUGUGAAGUAAAUAAAUGAUAAUUAUAAAUUGAAAAAAGAA